AUAAUAACUUCAGCGUACGAUGAGGGAAGCAGGCGAGGACUGUUAGCGAUGGCUGGGUUGGGGUACCGGGUGGAUACCUGAAAUAGAGUGAACCAUUGUAGCACGGGGGAGGUACACGCCAAGUCCCUAGCGCAUGCAUGUCGUGCAAAUGCCUGUCGACAAGCUCCUCCUUUGCAGCUGCAGACAAACAAACCAAACCAACCUCGACUCUCUCCUCUCUGCCUUUUUGCGCACGCUGGGGUUUAUAUCUUGCCCGCUCGCUCCCCGCUCUUCCUCUGCCCUUCUUCUUCUUCUUCUUCUUCUUUUUCUUCCUGUCUACUACAUCUUUGUGAUAUUCCCUGUGUCUUCCUCGUUCUGCUGUUGGUGGGAGUGUGGUAAGGCUUUGCUUGCUACCCAUCAAAGCUUUCCCCAGUCCAGUCUGGUUUACUGGUCUUUCUCUCUUCUCCCUCCAAUAGAAUAAGCAUCUCUUUUUCUAUUAUAGAUUCUUGUGAAUAAUAUCCUCCUUUCCCUUCUCAUCUGGGACUCGUUGAAGGGUGAAUUCCGUAUUUCCCUCCAGCCUGUCCUGGCUACCGUACUCUAUUUAUAGACACAAGUUGCGCGCCUGAGAUACCACUCUCAACGAUUCGCACCCGAACCACCCCUCAUGUCUGCACACCAAACAACUCCUCCUGGUCCUUCCUUAGCACCGUCGAGUGAGAAUGGCAGUGUUUAUGAAAACCCGGGGAAUAGCAAUAGCAAUGGCUCCGGCUCCGGCUCCGGCUCCAGCUCCCCGCCGGCGCAGGACAGAGUGAGAUGGAAGAAAAUAUUGCGAAUACACACCGGCGGUGAAGAUAAAUCAGUUGCAUCAAAUGACUUCCGCCAGAAGCGGGAGAAGUGGUCUUUGGGUAUCUUAGGCGAUAAGGAGACUGAUGAAGUACCUGGAACCAUACUUCUACUAUCCUCCAACCGAAAUGAACCGCUUGGGCUUCGACAACAGCCUGCGCGAACAUCAGCGUCGUCUUUUCCGUCUCCCUAUCCGCCUUCUCGAUCGUCGUCGCGUACUCCUGCUCCCCAGAAGAAGCGAACUUCUGACGGUGCCAUCGUCCUGGAUCCUCAGCCAGACGAUUCACUGAAUGACCCGCUUAAUUGGCCUGCCUGGCGCCGGGACCUUUCGCUGCUAUCCUUGGGCUUUUACUCCAUGAUCGGAGGGGGAAUGACGCCGAUUCUAGCAGCUGGAUACAACGAUGUAUCGGAAAGUUUUGGCAUCACAACGCACCAGGUGGCGCUUACCACUGGCCUAUAUAUGCUGGGACUUGGCCUUGGCUCAGUGGUGAUGUCCCCUACAGCAAUUCUUUACGGCAAGCGCCCAAUCUAUCUUCUGGGCUCUGCCCUGUUCAUCGUUUCGGCGGUUUGGUGUGCUGUUUCGCCCAAUUUUGUGAGCUUGCUUCUUGCACGUAUCUUCCAGGGUCUUGCCGUCAGUCCGGUUGAAUGCCUUCCUUCUGCUACAAUCGCAGAGAUUUUCUUUUUGCAUGAGCGUGCAUAUCGUGUUGGAAUUUACACUCUCCUAUUACUGGGCGGCAAAAAUUUGGUCCCGUUAGUUAGCGCUGCGAUCACACAGGGUUUAGGUUGGCGUUGGGUAUUCUGGAUUGUGGCCAUUACGGUUGGAUUUGGGCUUGUUUUAGUGUUUUUCUUUGUCCCAGAGAGCUUCUGGGACCGGACUCCACGUCCUCGCCAAAAACGGCCUAGCUAUCGCCGGAGCCUUUCUGAUCUCGCGCCGGGGCGUCGAGGCCGACUUUCUAACCCUGUCACCCCUACUGUAGAAAAGGACCAGGAUGCAAUGCUGUCUCCUGAAGCAUUAUCAAAGCGACCAGAUGCCCGCGUCGGCUUUGCCGAAGUCGCCCAUGACGAUAACGGAGGAGAUGAUCAUAACGAGAAAUGCGGUCCGAAUGCCGGCGAGCACACCCCGGAAGAAGGCGGAAAUGAAGGAGAGCGUCCUCAUUCACAAGUUGUCCCACCAGCUGCGCUUGACGACCAAACUAGCACACCGAAUAGUCCGAAGCUACAGAGUCAAACAACUGAUGUUGAAGCUGCUCGUGCCGUACCUCCUCGGGACGUAUCUGCCGCCCCAUCCGCUUCGUCCCUUCCUCCAAUCCAUCCUUACACUAGCAAUCUCCAGUCCAAGCCUCCUGUGGGAUACGUCCACUCUCUUCGGCUCUUUCACGGCCGGUUCUCCCAAGAUAAGUGGCUACGGGUCAUGAUCCGCCCAUUUAUCCUAUUCGCCUACCCUGCCGUCCUGUGGUCGGCUAUGGUCUACGCUCUAUCCGUCGGAUGGUUGAUCGUCCUAUCAGAAGCUGUGGCAGAAAUCUAUCGAGAUAAGGACAGCUAUAACUUUUCCGCUCUCGGUACUGGUCUUGUAUAUAUAUCCCCAUUCGUAGGCGGAAUUCUCGGAACGGUGGUGGCAGGCAAGGUUUCGGACAUUGUAGUGCGGUUCAUGACACGUCGAAAUGGCGGAAUUUACGAACCUGAAUUUCGCCUUGUUAUGGCUGUGCCAGUUACUUUGACGACGGCCAUGGGACUGAUGGGCUUUGGUUGGAGUGCUCAGGAAAAAGAACGAUGGAUCGUUCCCACUGUCUUCUUCGGUAUUCUCUCCUUCGGAUGUUCCGUGGGAAGUACCACAUCCAUUACCUUUUGCGUCGAUAGCUACCGUCAGUAUGCAGGCGAGGCUCUGGUUACGCUCAACUUCAGCAAAAAUGUAUUGCAUGGCUUCAUCUUUUCCUUGUUUUUCGUCCAAUGGCUUAAAGCAGACGGGGCACGGGAUGUCUUUGUCGCCUUGGGUGGAAUUCAUAUUGCCUGCAUGCUCACCACGAUUCCAAUGUAUAUCUACGGAAAGAGGGCUCGGAUGUGGACUGUCCGCAGGCGACUGAUGGAGAAAUUUUAGGGGGACUCUUUAUUUGAAGUUACAGACGUAUAUAGGUCAGGAUUGCGACCUGAUCAAUGAUUUUGUUUUUCUUUUUCCGGCGGAAGUCGUGGGGAGAAGUGUUACGCAAGUAUUGUCAUUAGCCGCAUGCGUGCCACGGAUUUUGUUUCUCUUUUCUGUUCAUGGUUAACAGUAUUUAUGAUUUUUUGGCAUGUUUUAAAAUUCCUAUCUACAAACGUAGAUAGGUAGACAGCGCUGUCUCUUUUGGUUGUUUGGUUUCCCCAUUUUCCUUAUUUUGCACUUAAUGAUGCUUUCUUUGCAUAUCUGCAUCAUAUUCCAGCUCAUUGAUGCAAUUAGAUUAUGAUAUAGGUGGAUGGAGCUUUUCUUUCUAUGUGUUCCUUACUCUGUCAUCUUUUUAUCUUGUUGAUACAUGAUGCAUGCAUAGCUUUUUAUUGACGAAUGGUGGCUAUUUAUUUGCUUGCUUGCUUGUUUAUUUGGUUGAUUGGUUGGUUGGUUGUACUGUAUAUCAUUAUAUCGCAGACUACAGACUACAGACUAUACUUGCAAAGGAAGGAAGGGAUGGAUGAGAAGAAGGACGAAAAGAGACAAAAAAAGGUGGAGGGAGAAUUUUACUGUACCAUACCCAUCUUGCUUAUCAUCUAUUCAUCCUUCCUGUUUCUUCUGGCUUUUAAAUGAAACAUUUUUAACACAAAACAUACUUUCUAUUCAUUUUUCCAAACCUCCUUCCAAAUUUUUCACAUUUUUAAUUUGCCAAUAUGUGAGCUAGAUCCAACAUAGCAAAAAGUUCAGUGACUGAAUUUUUAUCUAUCUAUCUAUCUAUAU